AUGGACGCCACAGAGGACCAGGAAAGCCAGAAAACGUCGACGACGCCCUUGUCGAAUCAGCGAAGUAGCCGAAGUAGCACUUCGAAGCGGCGCGCGGACGCCAGCGUCCGUCCGAAAGCUCGUUCGAGUGACAAGCGUUCCAAGGAGGCGUCCGAGAACGACAGCAAGGUCGACACCGACAACAGCCGGAGGAUGGCGAGAUUCGCAUAUCGGGCCGUGGUUUUUACGGUCAUCGCGCUCGUUGUCGUCAUCAUAGCAAUCCUGUUCAAGCACAAAGACGCCACUACCACUGCUCCUGGCGCUACAGCUUCCGCCACGUCGGCACUGGCUGUCAGCACCACCGAAGCCAAUGGGGAUCGAGUGAGAACGGUCACUGAGGCAUCGACUUCGUGGACCGAGGCUCCAGCAGUACCAAGUGUCGAGGUAAACACCACCUCGGGCAUACUGAAGGGCGCUGCGGUAGACGUGCAUGGCGUGGCCCUCCACCACUGGCUCGGCGUGCCUUACUCUCGGCUCGGGGCUAGAAGUAAACGGUUCGCCUUCGCACAGCCUGUCAAGGCAAGAAGUAUCCUGGCUCUGGAUUCGAAAGCGGCGAGCCCUCCGUGCGCCCAGGUCAUCAACGACACACUACUGGGCCGCGAGGACUGCUUACGCGUGAACGUGUGGGCGCCUGCCCAGGACUCGGCGACCGCUGCCAAGAGACCGCUGCUUCUGGCCAUGACGCAGGACUGGUUCUCUAGGGGCACAAACAAUUUGCUCGAAUGGGAGAUACUGGCUGCUAAAGCCGAUGCAGUGGUGAUGUCUCCUAACGUGAGACUCGGCGUACUCGGCUACCUUGGCCGGACAAGUCCCGCAGAGUCGGGUGCUGACCUGGCCAUCAAUGACGCCGUGGUCGCUGUGCGUUGGGCGCUGGAGAAUGCCGCCGCCUUUCACGCCGACCCGUCUAAACUGAUGCUCGUGGGUCACGGCUCGGGCGCCUACGUUCUGACGGCAGCCGCUCAAGCGUUGAAGCUGAACUGCCUGAGAGCAGUGCUGGAAGGACCCGUCCCUGGAUCUGCGUUACCGACAAAUGCGGAGGCUGUCGACAAGUGGGACAAGUUGGCCGUGGUUCUUGGUUGCCGUGGAAACAGCGAGUCGGAGCGGGAGUCCUGUUUUCAAGACGCCGAGCUGCCAGACCUGCUUGCAGCCGCAGCGAAUGUUACGUUCCGUUUCGUGCCUCGUUGGAACUCGAGCGAGUGGCCGACUGAACCCGCAGCUAUUCAGGUGCAAGAAGUCAUAGCUGGCGUCGACGUCGACGAGGUUCGGGUGUUCUUUGAAGAACGCGUCAAGCCGUGGGCCGUCACGAAGAAGUGCGCUGCCACGGUGACUCAGCUCUACGGUUGCACACUCGAGUACCUCUUCACAAAUCGAACAGCCGCGUACGAGAACCUACUGCGGGAGUUCCAGCCGAACAAUGAACCAGACAUCGUGCGCUUCCUAGCGAUGCUCAUGUCUGGAUGCGACACGCACCGCAUAGCAAAGAGCGCCUCCAAGGCGGGCUAUCACUACAUCACCGAAGGGCCGGGAAGGACACUCUUCGAACCUGUCCUUGACGUAGAUGUCCUCAUAGCGUUUCUGAAGAACGGGUGA